AUGUCCACGGGUGUGCCUCGGGAUGCACGGCCAUACGAAUCAUCCCGGCUGUUGUUGUGUAUUGUACCCCUCCCUUUGUGGAGAUACCCCAUCCGGUGGGUGGCAUGCAACAAAAUUUACAAUGGCAUGAUCAAGGAGUCAGGCGACGGGCAUGUCGAACCCUUUACGGCGCGCUGCAUGCCGUAUGGCGGCUGGAUAGUCAUUGAAAGAUGA